CAAUCGAGCUUCACAGGGGAUCGCAGAGCUAAUCGUUCUUGAUCCUGACAGCGGAAUCGAACGUUUUUGUUUGGUCCCACCAUGGUGUUCGAGUCUCUGGUCAGCGACCUGCUGAACAGAUUUAUCGGAGAUUAUGUGGAGAAUCUGGACAAAUCCCAACUCAAGAUCGGGAUCUGGGGAGGAAAUGUUGUCCUUGAAAACCUAAAAGUGAAGGAAAAUGCUUUGAAUGAAUUUGAUGUUCCAUUUAAAGUGAAAGCUGGACAGAUUGGAAAGCUGACGCUGAAGAUUCCUUGGCAGAAUCUCUAUAAUGAUGCUGUGGUUGCUACGUUGGAUGGACUGUAUCUGCUUGUGGUUCCUGGAACCAUAAUGAAGUACGAUGCAGUGAAGGAGGAGCGUGACCAGCAGGAGGCCAAGCAGAAGGAGCUGCAGCGUAUUGACGAGGCUCUGCAGAUGGCUGCGCACAGAGCCUCUCAGACCGGAGACUUUGUCUUCAGUCUGGAUUCUGUGAUGAUCCAAGACAAUCAGCGCGUCCCAAAAGGACUUAAAAAAGUUAAAAAGCACAAAAAAGGCUUCAAGAAGAUGAAACGUCAGCAUUACAAACCAGACAAGCCACCAGAAGAGAAGAAAGACACAUUUGUAGAGAAACUUGCCACUCAGGUGAUCAAGAACCUGCAGGUGAAGAUCAGCAAUAUCCACCUUCGCUAUGAGGAUGACGUGUCUGAUCCACAGUGCCCCCUGUCUAUAGGUGUCACACUGGCAGAGCUCAGUCUGCAGACGACGGACGAGAACUGGAAGUUGUGCAUUCUGAAUGAAGCAGCAAAGAUCAUCUACAAACUUGGGCGUCUGGACUGCCUCUGUGCUUACUGGAACGUCAACAGUCCAAUAUUCUACAAACAAUCCUUUGAAGACAUUGUGGAGCAGCUCAGACAAGGGAUCAGUACCAAAGAGAGGGAGCUGUCUCACCAUCAGUACAUUUUCAAGCCGAUCUUUGCUUCUGCAAAAAUAUGCCUCAACCCCAGUGCUGAAACGGACCAUAAAUCACCCAAAGUCAAAGUUCACCUGGAGGUCCAGAACAUCGGCGUCGAGUUCACCAAACCACAGUACCUCACCAUGAUUGACCUGCUGGAGUCUUUUGACGCCAUGGUGAAGAACGGACCAUACCUUAAGUUCAGACCAGAUGGCCGUGUCCACAAAAAUGCCAAAAUCUGGUGGAAUUACGCUUAUAACAGUAUUCUGGAGGUCCAUAUACGUCGCUUCAACCGCAUGUGGUCUUGGUCCAGCAUCCGACAACACAGGGAGAACCUGAAGGCUUACAAGAGUGCCUACAAGACCAAACUGCUGAGCCAAAAUAAACUGAAUGCAGAUGCAGAGCGCCACAUCCAGAACCUGGAGAAAAUACUUGAUGUCUUCAACAUUACCUUAGCCCGGCAGCAGGCCCAGAUGGAGGUGAUCCGCUCAGGUCAGAAGAUGGCAGGAAAGAAGGGUGCAGUAGAGCAAAAGCAAGGACGUGGUGGUUUCUUCAGCAGCUUCUUUGGAAGGAAGCCCAAGAAGGAGGAGCAAGAAGAGAUCAAAGAGUCAGAGGGUUCUGGGCUGGAUGAGCUCAUGACUGCAGAGGAGAAGGAAAAGCUUUACAUAGCCAUUGGCUAUAGCGGCAGCUCUCACAACCUGGCUUAUCCAAAGCACUAUGUUGCCAUGAUCAUCACCUUCAAGCUCUUCAAGACAUCAGUAACAGUCAGAGAGUUGCCUGAUAUACCAGAGAUCCUCAAAGUCCAGAUGGUUGACCUCACCACCAAAAUCUCACAGAGACCUGGUGCUCAGGCUAUCAGGGUAGAGGCGGCAUUGGAGCACUGGUCCGUGACAGGUUUGAAGCAGCAGGGAGCAGUGCCUUCACUGAUUGCCUCGGUGGGAGAGGACUCUUCAUCUUUGCUUAAUGUCCUGUUUGAGCUUAACCCAGAGGAGAUCACCGCUGACCAGCUGCUUCAUGUCCACUCUCAGCCUGUUGAGAUCAUCUACGACGCGCUGACAGUGAACAGCAUGGUUGAGUUCUUUAAGACUGGGAAGGGCGUUAACCUGGAGGUCUUGACCUCAGCCACACUCUCCAAACUGGAGGAAAUCAAAGAAAAGACGGCCACAGGUUUGUCUCAUAUCAUUGAGACCAGAAAGAUCUUGGACCUGAGGAUCGACCUGAAGCCUUCAUACCUGCUGCUGCCAAAGUCUGGUUUCUAUGGUGAUAAGUCUGAUCUCAUUGUUGUGGACUUUGGUCGUUUAAAGCUGAACAGCAUGGAGCAAGGUGGCGUAGAGCCAAUCUCCUCCAGUUUCUCCUCCCUGGAGGAAAUCAUGGACCGAGCCUAUGAGAAGUACUCGUUGGAGCUGCAGCGGGUCCAGAUCCUGUACAGCAAGCAAGGAGAUGCAUGGAAAGCGGCUCGUCUGCAGGGUUCAUCUGUCCAACACAUCCUCUAUCCGAUGGACUUCACUGUCCAUCUGGCCAAGUGCAUGGUGGAGAAGGACAUCAGGAUGGCGAGGUUUAAGGUGUCGGGUGAGCUGCCACUGCUACAUGUAAAGAUUUCAGACCAGAAGGUGCAGAACAUCGUGGACCUCGUUGACAGCAUUCCGCUCCCCAGUGUCGACUCCAUGGCAUCCACGCCCACAGACAAGGUGCUGUCAUUAGCAGAGGCCAGACCACGAGUGCUAAGCCUUCACCCCGCCCUCCUCGACACCAUGGAAACAGAUUCAGACACAAGUGAGAAGUCUGUGGAUGAGGACCAGCAGCUCUCUGUUCACGAGGAACUCACAGACCUUCACUUCAAGUUUGAGGUCAAAGAGGUGCUGUUGGAGCUGACUCAGCAGGCCAGAGAAGAAAAAACACUUUUGUCCUUUAACAUCUGUCAGCUGGGCACUGAGGGGAAGAGGCGGAGUUUCGACAUGAGUAUCACCUCUUACUUGCGUAGAGUCACACUGGCUUACUGCGAUUUAGCAGAUGGUGGCACUCGACCUCUUCAUCUGAUCAGCACCUCAGAGCAGCAGGGCACUGACUUCCUGAAGGUCAAAUACACCAAAGCUGAUCCUGGUGGCCCAAGUUUCCAGACUGUGUACUGCAGCACUGAGCAAGCACUGAAGGUGGAGUUUUCCUCACUGCACUUCCUCCUCCACACUAAAGCUCUGCUGUCCACCAUUAACUACCUGACCAAUGCUGUGCCUCAGCGUCUCACAGCCACCCGGGACCAAGACUCCAAAAAGCAGGUGAAAACCAGAAAGGAGAGUACAGUGUCUAAAACUGCUAAAGAUGGUGGAAUCUUCAGCUUCAAGCUUUUUGCCAUGUUAGGCUCUUUCCAUGUGGAGGUCUGUGAUGAUCACAGCAACAUCGCUGACAUCAGAGUCCAAGGAAUUGAUGCAUCAGUACUCGUCCAAACCAAAGAAACAGAGGUGUUUGCCCGACUCAGAGAUAUUGUGGUAAUGGAUGUCAACCCCAAAACUUUUCACAAAAAGGCAGUGUCCAUCAUGGGUGAGGAAGUCUUCAGCUUCAAACUGUCCUUGUUUCCGAGAGCAACAGAGGGAGAUGGCUACAAAGACAUGUCAAAGGUGGACGGGAAGGUUAUGCUGCGACUUGGCUGUAUCCAGAUCCUCUACCUGCACCGGUUCUACAUGUCCCUGCUGAUGUUCAUCAACAACUUCCAGACAGCGAAGGACACCCUGAGCGCAGCAACGGCUCAAGCAGCAGAGAAGGCAGCUUCAAGUGUGCGGGACUUCGCCCAGAAGAGCUUCCGUCUCACCAUGGACAUCAAGCUGAAGGCACCAGUCAUCAUCAUCCCCCAGUCGUCUGUCUCCUACAAUGUAGUCGUGGAUCUGGGUUUGAUCACGGUGGUCAACAGCUUUUCCUUGCUGCCAGCUGAAGGGUUCUCAAUCCCGGCGGUGGUGGACACGAUGGAUGUGAAGUUGUCACAACUAAAACUCUGCAGAACCACCUUGAGGCAAGAUACAACUCGGUCUGACAUUGAGAUUCUUCAGCCAAUCAGCUUUGAGCUGCUCAUCAAACGUAACUUGGCUGCUUCCUGGUUUAGUGGGAUCCCUGGAAUCUAUGUCCAUGGUGUCCUCAGGUCCCUCCAUAUGUCUCUAGCUGAAGAAGAUUUGGGUGUUUUGAUGAAGAUCCUGGUGGAGAACAUUGCAGAGUGAAGUAAAGAGGGUCAACGAGAUGACAGACAAAAGAGUCAAGAGAAGGAAGAGCUUGCUGAGCAGCAAUAUUCUGUCAAAAAAACAGUGCUGUUGACACUGAAGAAACCCAAAGACCACCAGGAUGUGCCCUUCCUAAUCUUUCACAUGGCCCAGUUGGGCAUCGAUGCCAAAGUGAAAAAAUACGACAUUUGUGCCACAACCUACCUUAAGAAGAUCUCUAUGAAAUCUUUGGAGUUCAAAGACUCUAAUGGCGAGGCGCUGUGCUUGGUCACCUCAUCUGUGGGGUCGGGAGCCGAGCUGCUCAAAAUUCAAUACUUCAAGGCUGACCGCACCGGACCAAACUUUGUCUCAGUGUACAAGAACAUGGAGCAGAUGAUCAACGUGACAUUCGCCUCUCUGAACCUCCUGCUUCACACUGAGGCUCUGCUGUCGGCCAUUAACUUUCUGUUAGGAGCGCUGAGGGAAAGCGGUGUGGCGUCUGCGGAGACGUCUGCAGAGAAACCUAAACUGGAGGACAACAAGACAAUGUCCACCAAAUCCACCACCAUGGCAUCUCCUAUAGAUGGAGAUGUCAUUGAACUGAAGAUCAUGAUCAUGCUGGGAGCCUUCAACAUCCUGCUGUGUGACCAGACCCGCAACAUGGCUGACAUCAAGAUCCAAGGUAUUAAUGGGUCAUUGCUGAUGCAGGGGCCACAAACUCAUAUAUCAGCCUGCCUGCGAGAUUUCAUUGUCACUGAUGUGGAUCCCAAAACUGUCCACAAGAAGGCGAUCUCCAUUGUGGGUGAUGAGGUCUUCAGCUUCAACGUGACUCUUACGCCCAGUGCUGUGGAAGGUGCCGGUUACACGGACACAACUAAAACCGAUGGAAUUGUGAAGCUGAAUGUGGGCUGCAUCCAGAUGGUUUACCUGCACAAGUUCUUCAUGUCUCUGCUGAACUUCACCAACCACUUCCAGACAGCAAAGGAGGCACUGAGUGCAGCAACUGUUCAGGCAGCAGAGAAGGCGGCGUCCAGUAUGCGGGACUUGGCACAGAAGAGCUUUCGCCUUGCCAUGGACAUCAGGUUGAAGGCGCCACUUAUCAUCAUCCCCCAGUCAUCUGUCUCCCACAAUGCUUUGGUGAUGGACCUGGGUCUGAUCACCGUGACAAACCGUUUUUCCCUGCUGCCUGUGGAAGGAUGCCCGCUGCCAGCUGUCAUUGACAACAUAGACGUCCAACUGACGGAGCUCAAAAUGUCCAGAAGCUGUAUGAACCCAGGAUUGGACCAACCACACACAGAGCUACUGAAGCCAGUCAACAUGCUCCUCACAGUCAAGAGGAACCUGGCAGCAUCCUGGUACAAGAAGAUGGCUACCGUGGAAAUAGAUGGUGACAUGAAGCCCAUGAAGGUGGCGCUGAGUCAAGAUGACCUGAAAUUGCUUUUGAAGAUCUUAAUGGAGAACCUUGGUGAAGCCAGCAGCAUGGAGCCCACUGUCCCCCAACAGGGAGCUGGACUGCACCUCCGAGUAGCUGGAGACAACAAAACAGGUAAUGUUGAGAAGCAGACUGAAGGCAGAGACGAGGAAGAAGUUGUUGAAACAAUGAAGUUUAACUUCAACAUUGAGUCUCUCGGACUGAUUCUGUAUGGCAGCGACUCCCAGCAGGUGCACCAGGACAAUCUCAGACUGGGGGAAUUUGUUCUCCACCUUAUGAAAGCUUCGGGGCGGAUCCUGAGUAACAGCACUAUGGAGGUGGCAACCAGCCUGACGUCUUGCACACUGGAUGACCUGAGGAUGGGCAGAGAGCAGGUGACAUCAAGGAUGGUCAGGAGGCGGGACGAGGAGAGUGUCGAGGCCAUGGUUGACGUAAAAUACCAGCAAAGCAAGAGUGGGCGCAAAGUGGACGCAGUGCUUCAAAAACUCUACCUGUGUGCCAGUGUGGAGUUCCUGAUGGCCGUGGCGGAUUUCUUCCUCCAAGCCAUACCGCAAACCACCACCCCGCCCACCGACAAGCUGCAGCUGAAGCAGGCUGCAGACUUCCGGAGUGACGCUAACAUCAGUCCAGGUCAAACGUCGAAGACAGAAGUGCACAUGGUUGUGAUGGACCCAGAGGUAGUGUUCGUGGCAAAUUUAAUGAAGGCCGAAGCCCCCUCCCUGGUAGCCAUGUUCCAGUGUGUCUUUGACCUAAAGAUUGAGGAUGAUGGGACCCAGCAAAUGUCGAUGAACCUCGUGAAAUUCCAGGUCCUUGCCUGCCCCUUCAUCCGCAACCCCAAGGACAAUGCUGUCACCACCGUGCUGAGGCCAUGUUCAGUCAACUUGAGAACAAUAACCCAACAAAAUCAACCACUGAGUGGAUCAGUGACUGUUGAGGAAGUUAUUAUCAAGAUUUCUCCAUUUAUCCUGAACACGGUGAUGACAAUAACAGCAGCCAUGACAACGGGGAAGAGUGAAGAGCAACACCAGGAUGCUGAACCAGACAUUAGUGACCUCUGGUCUGUCAUGAACAUAUAUGACAACAACUUUUGGUUUCUGGGUGUAGAUCAGGCCAUUGAGGUUACUGAGAGUUUCAAGGAACAGGAUGGACGCAAUGAGGGCGAGAGCUUCACUGCUGUGGUUCAGGUGGUCCAGGUGACUUUGGAGUCUGGUUUGGGUCACCGGACCAUCCCUUUGCUGUUGGCUGAGUCCUCCUUUGAUGGUGAAGCCAAGAACUGGUCAUCUCUGUUGCAUUUAAGAGCCAACAUGACGCUGGAGGUGAACUACUUCAAUGAGAUCCACGCAGUGUGGGAGCCGCUGAUAGAAAGAGUAGACAAUGGAAAACGCAGAUGGAACUUGGAAGUGGAGAUGAAGAACAACCCAGUCCAAGACAAGAGCCCCGUUCAUGGUGAUGACUUCAUUGUACUUCCUGAACCACGCACGGUCAUCAGCAUAUGCUCAAAGGACACAAUGAACAUCACAGUCUCCCAGUGCAGCCUCAACAUCUUCAAAAAUCUUUCCAAGGGAUUUUCUCAGGGCACAGCCUCCACCUCCAACUACUCUCUGAAGGAGAAAGCACCCUACACCAUCCAAAAUGCCCUUGGAAUUCCUCUCAUCAUACAGCACAGUGCCAACCUGAGACCCGUGGGUUCAUGGUUUCAGGGAAAAUUGCAUGAACUGUCGGUGGAUCAGAGCAUGGAUCUAGAGCACUGUAUGUUCCAUUCCUCAUCCCGUAGCAAGUUAUCAGCCCUGCAACGCCAGGAAAGUGGCCUCUUCAGCCUUAGCGUUGUUCCCUCUGGCUUCAGCGAGAUCUCCAACAUCUCUGUGGACAAACCAGGUCGGCGACUCUAUAAUAUCCGAGGGCCGAUGCUGCAGGAGGCAGUUUCUGUGCUGCUGCAGAUUGAUGCCGCUGAAGGCAACAAGGUCAUCACUGUGCGCUCACCACUGCAGAUAAAGAAUCACUUUUUGGUGCCAUUCAUCAUUCUGAAAUACUGUCCAGAAUCUAGGAACUUUAAGAAAGUUGGAGAGGCUCAACCUGAAACAGAGUUUCACAUCAUCUUAGACAGCUACAGGUCCCAGCUAUUUGUGCAACCAUCUGGCUCUCUGGCCAAUCAGUAUGGCCCGUCAUCUUCCUGCAUUUCAUGGAAGGAGCAGAUCCACCAUAGCUCAGAGGUGCAUUCUGUGCUACAGUGCCCGGCGAAUGACAGCAGCUUACUCCCACUGAUGGUCAGCACGUUGGCCGUGCCUGAUGAACUGUGCCAUAUUGCCAGCCAUGGCGAGGAGGACUGGGACCCUGCCUAUGUCAUCCACCUCCAUCCUGUUGCCACACUGCGCAACCUGCUGCCUUACACUGUCCGCUACAUGCUGGAGCGUUCAGCAGAUUCCUACGAGCUCCAGGAAGGAAGCACAUCUGACCUUCUAAAUGCUCAUGUUGCAAGUGAGAUGAUGGAUUUGGUGCUGCUCAGAUACCAGGGCCGCGACUGGUAUGGACACAUAUGUAUCGAUCCAGAAAUGCCUGAGUUCUUCUCCGUCUGUCUCAUCUGUGACUCAGACAGCAGUAUGACUGUAGACGUGAGCAUGCAUGUAUCGAGGACACCGAGCCGCCUGGUGAUGUCCCUUUUCAGUCCGUACUGGAUCAUCAAUAAGACAUCUCGCGUGUUGCAGUAUAGAGCUGAAGACAUUGCAAUGAAGCACCCAUCAGACUUCAGAGAUGUCAUCCUGUUCUCCUUCAAAAAGAAGAACAUCUUCAGCAAGAACAAGCUCCAGCUUUGUAUUUCUACAAGCUCUUGGUCUGAUGGAUUCUCUUUGGACACAGUGGGAAGUUAUGGCUGUGUUCGCUGUCCUGCCACCAACAUGGACUACCUGGUGGGCGUGAGCAUCCAGAUGAGCAGUUUCAACCUAACCAGGAUUGUUACCAUGAGGCCCUUCUACACUCUGUUUAACAAGUCUUUAUAUGAGUUGGAGAUUGGAGAGGUCCACAGCCUAACCAAUAAAGUUAUCAGGUGGCACUAUGUCAUCUCCAAAGAGUGCCUUCCUCUGUGGCCAGAGAACAAUGUGAGCAAAUUGUGUGUUCGUGUGGUUGGAUCUGAGUCGUAUUCCAGGUUCUUUUUCUUCAACAGACAGGACAGCGGCACCUUACUCAGCAUGGAUGUGUGUGGUGGGAUCAUCGUGGAUGUGAACAUCUCAGAUCACUCAGCCAUCAUCAGUUUCAGUGACUAUUACAAAGGUGCUGCUCCCGCCCUGCUGCUAAACCACACGUCAUCACAAAGAAUCAUCUGCUGUCAAAGCAGCUCCUCGCUGGUUCACCAGCUUAAGCCCAGUGAGGGUCAGCGGUUUGUGUGGGACGAUCCGACCGGUGUGCGAAUGCUCCAUUGGAGUUGCGGAGAACAUUCUGGAGAGCUGGACCUGCUGAAGGAUGAGUGUGGUCAGUUCACCUACAAAGGCCUCUCUCAGGUCCAUUGGGUGUCCUUCCUGGAUGGACGCCAGCGAGUCCUGAUCUUCACAGAAGAUGUUGCCGUGGUGACCAAGGCGCGACAGGCUGAAGAACUUGAGCAGUUUGACCAGGAGGUUAAGGUGUCCCUGCAGAACCUCGGGCUGUCGCUCAUCAACAACACCAGCCGGCAGGAGCUCUCUUACAUUAGCAUCACCAGCUCUGGCGUGGUUUGGGAGAUGAAGCCAAAGAACCGCUGGAAGUCUUUCAGCCUGAAGAACAUCAACAUGCUGGAGAAAGCUUACCAGAAGCACUUGGAAGGGGGUGUAGAGCAGGACUGGGUCAAACUGGACUCAAACCUGGAGGUGAAUUUCAGCAGCACAAACAUGAGGAUGCGCCAACCAAUUUCCUGUCCUGUGAGACGGAACUUCCUGUCUGGGAUUCAAGUGGAGUUUAAACAGUCACUGCACCAACGGAGUCUGAGGGCUCAACUGCACCGCCUACAGGUGGACAACCAGAUGCCAGGUGCUAUCUUCCCUGUUGUCUUCCAUCCUGUUCCUCCCCCAAAAUCUAUUGCACUUGACUCAGAACCAAAACCCUUCAUCGACCUGUCCAUCAUCACGAGGUUCAACCAGCACAGCAACGUCACCCAGUUUAAGUACUUCAUGGCCCUGGUCCAGGAGAUGGCAGUGAAAAUCGAUCAAGGCUUCCUGGCAUCCAUCUUGGCCCUGUUCACACCGGUGGCUGACCCUCAGGCCAACCAACAGAGGACCAAGCUGAUACAGAGCGAUCUAGAACUGCUGCAGGCCGAGCUGAUAGAUGCAUCACUGAGUGACCACUUGGGCUUGAACUUCUUUGAACAUUUCCACAUUUCCCCCGUCAAGCUCCAUCUCAGUCUGUCUAUGGGUUCAAGUGAUGAGGACUCUUCCCAGGCAGUGGCCAUCCAGUCACUCAACCUGCUACUGAAGAGCAUCGGAGCCACGCUGACUGACGUAGAUGACCUCAUCUUCAAACUGGCCUUCUUUGAGAUGAAGUACCAGUUUUACAGCAGAGAGAAGCUGAUGUGGGCUGUGAUCCGUCACUACAGUGAACAGUUUCUGAAGCAGAUGUAUGUUCUUGUUCUUGGUUUGGACGUUUUGGGAAACCCAUUUGGACUGAUUCGGGGUCUGUCUGAAGGAGUGGAGGCCUUUUUCUACGAGCCUUUCCAGGGUGCUGUGCAGGGCCCAGAGGAGUUUGCUGAAGGUUUGGUAAUCGGAGUCCGCAGUCUGUUGGGUCACACUGUUGGUGGCGCUGCAGGCGUGGUAUCCCGCAUCACAGGGUCAGUGGGUAAAGGCCUUGCAGCUAUUACCAUGGACAAGGAGUACCAGCAGAAACGACGUGAAGAGAUGAAUCGACCACCCAAAGACUUUGGAGAUAGUCUGGCCAAAGGUGGCAAAGGACUGCUGAAGGGAGUUGUUGGUGGAGUUACUGGCAUCAUCACCAAACCUGUGGAAGGGGCGAAAAAGGAGGGCGCUGCAGGCUUCUUCAAAGGCAUUGGAAAGGGGCUGGUGGGCGUGGUGGCCCGACCAACUGGCGGCAUUGUGGACAUGGCCAGCAGCACCUUUCAAGGCAUCCAAAGAAGUAAUGAAAGGGUGGCAGAGUCAACAGAAGAAGUGACCAAACAAAGGCCGGUCAGACUGAUAAGGGAGGAUGGGAUCAUCAGACCGUACGACAUGACUGAGGCACAGGGUUAUGACCUCUUCCAGCGCUCAGAGGUCAAACAGCUGCCUGGUGAGGCCUUCAGGGACUACUGUCCGUUUCCUGGACACAGAAAGUCCAACAUCAUUGUCACCAACAGGAGAGUUUUUUGCAUUAAGGAGCUUGACUUUGUGAGUACCUUCAACAAAGAGUGGGAGUGUUUGUAUGAGAACUUCUAUCGUCCUCCAGCCCUGACCGGAUCUGAACUGAAGCUCUACUGCAAGGAGACACAGAAGCUAAAACUUCCAAAGAAAGAUGGACAAGAUGCUGUGAGGAAGCUCGAGCUCAGAGACGUCGGCGCUGCACAGAAACUGUUCACGGCCGUAUCGGAUGCCCAGGUGGCGCAGCAGCAGCACAAAAUGGCGAGACAGAAGUCAAAGCGCUUCCUGAAACCGGCCAAGAAGCUGUGAGGCAUCCAAAGACUUCCUGUCCCCGCUGGUGCUAUGACACGUCUGUGACAUCACCCUGACAGUAGAACGGCUCCUUUAGUUCAAGUAUUUUAAUUUCUUUUUCCGCAUAAACAUCCGUCCAGUCAUCAACAGAGCUGCAUCCUGAAAAUCUUUAUCUUUCGGCCGUGUCUCACUUCAGGCUCUGCCUCUACAAAGGUGUGGCCUCUUUCCUUGUUUCCUUUUCUAUAUCACUUUUUCAUAAUAAUAAUAAUCAUGAUAAUAGACAUGCAGUUUUAGAAGUAAAUACUCUGAAAAAUUUCUCUAAAACAGUUUUCCAAAAUUGAUUGAUGAAUGAAUGAAUGAAUGACUUUAUUUAGCACACUGUUCAAUUUGAUUGAUUGAUAAUGGACAUAAAUAUAUGUUGCACUUCUACUAGGAAUAAAGAACAUGUAUUUUAUAGGAACAUAAUGCACUUUUCUGAAUUUUUUUAUUUCUUAUUUUUUGGACUUUUGGGGAUUUUGGAUGAGAUCUGAUUGCCUCAGUGAUACCGAACCAAUGUGCCACUAAACCGACCAAAUGUCUGUUUGAAUUGUGUUUACAGUAUGUGAGGAAGUGACAAAGAAACCACAGAUCUGGACCAGGACAAGCACAUCUGUCAGAGACGUGUGUUGGUCCUCAAAAAUAAAAACCGAACAAAU